AUGUCUGAUGCUACAACCUGCAACGGGGCGAGAAAACAGGACGACAUGAUUUUCGAUAUCUUAAAGAAGUCCGCCGACGGUGCGGCGGCAGCUCGUCUGGGAAGGCUAGUGCUCCCCAAUCGAAGGCCCAUCGAGACGCCCAACUACAUUGCGACGGGCUCACGAGUCAUCGAGAAGAAGAAACCUUCCGCACUGUCAAUACCUUCAGGGGACCAGAGACCGCUGCAUGCCUUCACCUGCUUGCCAGAUAGUAUCGCAACUGUCCUAGCUCCAAGGCGAAACCCGGCCAUCAAAACACCAGUAGGGAACAGGAACAAGACCAUCUCCAUCUUCACCUCGACCGGCUUCCGGAACCUCACUACUGAUGAUUAUUCCGCCGCCGUCGAGACACUCAGGCCCGAUAUCGUCAUUGGGCCCGCUGAUCUAUUCCACACGAGCAGCAUGCCACCGUCUAAGAAGCUUGUGCGCAUGGCCGAACGGACUGAGGAGUGGACCGACGUCUUUCUGAGUCCCAAGAGGCAGGAGAGGCUCAAGGAGCGUGGUGUUUCGGUCUUUGCGCCGGUUCUUGCCGUCCCGUACCAAAUCCAAUGGGAGCACCUUAGCCAUCUGGCAGACGACAUUGUCGACUCGCUCUCAGGACUGGCCAUCUAUGACAUUGACCUGUUGCCUGAUAUCGAGGAGAACUACAAGCCUUUGGUCCACCUGCCUCGGUUGUCCUUGCACAUUCCCGAGACACCGCAGGCUAUCCUCCGCCAGGUCUCUCUUGGAGUAGACAUUCUGACGGUCCCAUUCCUCAACACCAUCUCCGACGCCGGUGUGGCGCUCACCUUCACUUUCCCCCCGACAGACGGUGGCAUCCAACCUCUCGGUAUCGACAUGUGGCAACCAGACCACGAGACCGCGCUCGAACCCCUGAUGGAGGGCUGCCAAUGCUACGCCUGCACGACGCAUCACAGAGCUUUCGUCCACCACCUCUUGAACGCAAAGGAAAUGCUUGGAUGGACUCUUUUGCAGAUACACAACCACCAGGUACUGACAAACUUCUUCGCCGGCAUCCGGGCGGCGCUGCAGGCGGGCUCCGAUAAAUUUGAGGAGGUAUCGGAAAAGUUCGUGGCCACUUACGAGGCGGAGCUGCCGCAAGGAACCGGCACCAGGCCGAGAGCGAGGGGGUACCAUUUCAAGGGCGAGGCGAAUCCUAGCAAGAUCAACCCGUCCACGUGGCAGAACUUCAGCGACGGUAGCUCCGAUGCUGGGGCGGAGGUGGGGGUGAUCGCUGGUGAGGCCAAGGUCGCGGCACAAGAAGGAGCAGAGACACCACUUGUUCCUGAUAUCAGCUCAUUGGAACUCCAGGAAAAGGGUUUCGCUGAGUUGGCUGAGGAGAAACCAAAGUCCACAUGA